AAUUAGAAAACGCUCUACCACCUUUAGUAGGCUUAGAUAUUCUGGGAACUAGCAGAAGUCCCCAGAAUUAUUAUUAUUUAUUAUUAUUUUACCCUCCCACAAGCACCACGCACACACACUACCGCACUAGGUAGUGUUUUCCCACAGUACACAAGUUUAGCUAAGCUACCGCUAAGUGCGUGUGUGUGCUGCUUUGGGACGUAGCUGAAGCGUCUCGAGUGUCUCGUGCGCACGCUGCCGUGAAUAAGCUAGCUUAGCUUUUUACCACCAUGAAUUUAUUUGGAAUUGUUUUCUUAGGAACGGAGAAACGUAACAAAAGAUUUGUAAUAUUUUAUUGAGAAAAAAAAACAAGAAAAAGAACCAAAACAGCAGCAACAACAAACCCAAAAGAAAUCCUGUGACGCAAGACGAGACCUUUUAAAUAAAUCACCAUCUUUCCUCCGGGAUUCGGUGGGAAAUGAUGGCCGGCGGGGCGCUUCAGCACAACGGGAUAACGGUGACGGUGCUGUCGGCUCAGGAGCAGCAGCAGCACGUCCUGCAUUCGCCCGCGCCGCCGCCGCCGCCGCCCUCGCACAUGGAGUCCGAGCCGCUGGAUUCCCGAAAAAGACCUCUGGAGACUCCGACUGAGGCUGGAAGCACCAAGCGCACUAACAUAGAGGAAGAGGGUGAGUACUUCCUGAAAGUGCUGAUCCCCAGCUAUGCGGCCGGUUCAAUCAUCGGUAAAGGAGGACAGACCAUCGUCCAACUACAGAAAGAGACUGGCGCCACCAUCAAACUAUCCAAAUCUAAAGACUUCUACCCAGGUACGACAGAGCGAGUGUGUUUAAUCCAGGGUACGGUGGAGGCACUGAAUGGAGUUCAUAACUUCAUUGCUGAGAAAGUGCGUGAGAUGCCCCAAAGUAGCCAGAAAAGCGAACCGGUCAGCAUCCUGCAGCCUCAGACCACUGUUAACCCCGACCGAGUCAAACAGGCUAAACUGAUCGUGCCCAACAGCACAGCUGGGCUGAUCAUUGGUAAGGGUGGAGCAACUGUGAAGUCGGUGAUGGAGCAAUCAGGUGCAUGGGUGCAGCUCUCACAGAAACCAGAGGGCAUCAACCUGCAGGAGAGGGUUGUGACAGUAAGCGGCGAACCUGAGCAGAACCGAAAGGCUGUAGAGAUUAUUGUGCAGAAGAUCCAGGAGGACCCUCAGAGCAGUAGCUGUCUCAACAUCAGCUACUCCAAUGUUACAGGACCUGUAGCCAACUCCAACCCCACAGGCUCACCGUAUGCCAACAGUGCCGAGGUUCUGCCGAGUGCUGCUGCCGCCGCCGCUGCCACUGCGUCCACACUGCUGGGCCAAGCGGGCCUUGCCAGCUUCCCGUCUGCAAUGUCUGGUUUCUCCGGCAACGACCUGCUGGCCAUAACCUCUGCCCUGAACACGCUUGCCAGUUAUGGCUACAACACCAACACUUUGGGGCUUGGCCUAAACCCAGCAGCUGCCUCUGGGGUGUUAGCCGCGGUUGCUGCUAGUGCUAACCCUGCAGCUGCUGCCGCAGCUAACCUCUUAGCAUCGUACGCCAGCGAGGCAUCCGGAGGAGCGGCUCAUCCAGCUGCACCUGGGCUUGCUGGGUUCUCAUUGGGUUCUCUUGCAGCUGCCACAGGAGCUUCCAAUGGCUACCUGAACCCAGCCACCUCUCCACUAGUGGCCUCAUCACUGCUGGGGACUGAGAAACUGGCAGAAGGUGGCAAGGAGGUGCUGGAGAUUGCGGUGCCCGAGAACCUGGUGGGGGCCAUUUUAGGGAAAGGGGGAAAGACGCUGGUGGAGUACCAGGAGCUGACAGGGGCACGCAUCCAGAUCUCCAAGAAGGGGGAGUUCAUACCAGGCACACGCAACCGCAAAGUGACCAUCACAGGGUCGCCGGCAGCAACGCAGGCCGCACAGUAUCUCAUCAGCCAGCGGAUCACGUAUGAGCAAGGCGUCCGUGCCACAAACCCUCAGAAAGUGGGCUAGAGAGCGAACUCGAGUGAUGGGGGAGGGAGGGAGGGCAGCGAGGAAAGGGAUUCGAAAGAGCAACACGAUUAAGAGAGCAGAAAAUGAACAAGACGAACAAACAAAAGACAAAAACGGCAGAAAGAGGUUGGUGAGAGUAACAGAAGAAAAGAGUUAUGUGUCCAUGUUCACAUUUCGGAGGAAAUAAACAAAACAAAAAAAAAUGUGAGGACAGAAUGAUGCUUACCUGUGGACCUGGGGCAGAGGUGUGCAAGAACUGGGGACUGAAAAUCUGCUGUUCUGUUCUUUUUUUAAUUAUUUUUUUAAGCUCGACUGGUGUAAAUGAUGAGGGGCUCAGUACUGAACCCUGUGGCACUCUGGGAGGGAGGAGACUCAGCCCUUACCUCCUCUGUUUCUCACAGCCAGGGACCAGCUAGGUUCCAUUACAUUUUUUUGUCAUUGGUGGAGCCUGUACAAGAUAGUCCAAAUUUAUGACAGAUACCUUCACAUAGGUUUUGCAGCAGCCCCUUUUGGGGACAAUUCAAUUUCUACAGUUUGGCCCUUUACAAAUUUUAUGUGUUUUGAUCCUGAGACUGUCUUUUAAAAUGAACAUAAGCAAGGCAGAAGAUUUUUAGUCUUUUCGCACUAGUUGUUUCAGAUCCAUGUUAUUGGCUUUUUCCCAUUAAUCGGACAGCAGAUUACUCUCAGUCACGGUGUAUUUAGACCUUACUUAAACCUGUCAUUUCAGGUUGACCUGAAUGUAUAAAGACUUCCUGGUCUUUCUUUCUUUCUUUCUUUCUUUUUCUGUUUUUUUUUUUUUUUUUUUUUUUUGGUAAAUGUGUCAGGAAGUCCACAUUGCGUCUCUGUUCGGCGUCAGCAGCCGAACUCGACUCAGCCGCAGAAAGGUAGGCAGACAAAAAAUGUCAAAGGAAAAAGGUCCCUUCGAGAGGACAGGAAUGUAAACACACACACAAACACAGAAACCCACACACUCUACGAGUGCAGUUUAAUCUAUCGAUCCCUCUUUGGUGCUAUAAGGAAAUCACUAAUGAGAAAACAUUUAGGUUUAAACUUCUUGCUUAGCUAGAUUUUAGCACUUUGGGGUUAAAUUCGCCUUCCUCCCCCAAUUAAUGAAGUCAAAGCAGUUUUGUGAAUUGGUCAUAACAUAAGUACAAAUAAGACACAACAGUGAAAACCAAAACGCUUUUCAGCUGCUAACUAAUAAAAUAAUUGAUUGAAGAACUUCUGCACAUGAAACAUCAAAAACUUACCUACUGAUUACAGGACUUGGGACAAAUAAAUAGUAACGCUAACAUUGCCAUUAAGAUUUAAGCACCUCGAGUGUUAAGUCAGUCUCAAAUAUCCACUAUGUCGCUCCAGUGAACACUGGCAAUUUUUAAAACGUGUGGUUUUUGGGUUGUUUUUUUUUUGGUUUGUUUUUGGUUUGUUUUUUUACGAAUAGAGCUCAAGCUGAUAUACCUCAUGUUUGGACAGAAUGGGAAAAGAAUUAAAGAUUUCCCGUUUGUAUGCAGUGCAACAAAGUCCUCGAUUGAGUUCCAGUUGGUACCUAGUUCACUAGUGCGCAAACUAGCCUCGACGUCAGGCUGCCGGAGGUCUGGCGGAAGAAGGAAGGGAGCGCGUACAAUGCAAUGCAGCCUUUGUAAAAAUAUUAACAGCAAGCUGUUUUCCACCCUGAUGCUGGUGUCCGUUAUCUGGCAUGAAGGAAUCCCAUAUCUUAGUCAGACGCAAACAUGCCGAGAGUGCUCAUUUCAGAGAAACUGCACACCUUCUAGCAUUAAGUGCUUUUCCUGUGCAGUCCUCUGAGUUUUUUUUUUGGGUGCUUUGCCUGAGCAUAACAUCCCUGUAUCCAUUGUGUUGUAGGAUGUUUUUGGAAAACAGCAUGGCAGAGUAAUAAACAGCAUGUUUUGGGUUUCUUUUAAGGCCAUACACUUUAGCACCGUCGUCUCUGCUGCUAAACGCAUUUUUAAAUCCAGCAAGGGAGCUAUGAGGUACAGAACCGGUACAGAUAAAUAAGAUGGUGAUCUCUUUUAAACCACACUGUGAAUCAAGCAGCCGACACCAUCCUAAACUCUGGAAUGUACUGUACACAUUGCAGCGUCCAGUAAUGCACAGAACAGCGGGGCUGGAUGUCGUGGUCCCGUCGGUUCCUUCAGCCGAGAGAUACUUUGGGUCAGCUCUAACGGCUCGGAAUUCACACCAGCCAUUAAUUAGCAGAUCUCUGUUUGAACCGUGGCCGUCUAUAUAUAACCACGUGGCUAUGCCCGAUCUUCUACUGACCUAAAUACACACUCGCAAAGACAUUCAUCAACUGCCUCCAAUUCCCAGACCGUAAUCUGCUUUGGAACCAGGGGGAACAGAAAGCAAGACUAAGGGGGGGAGCAAGAACGAGAGACAAACACAGUGAUCCAUUUACAUGCAUCGAAUUAUCGCAACAAAGAUUGCUGUAAGAAAUCUGUUACGUUCACUGCUUUUGGCAGGAAGUUUAUCAACAGGCCGAUUUUUACCAUAUUAAUCCAUCUUAAGGGUUGUCGCCGCUGAGGAGCAAUUACCGCACGCUGUCGUUUUUCGGGGCUAAUAAUUUCUUUUUAAGAUUUGAGAUGAAACUGCAUAUGCAAUUUCAGAAGCACAAGCCCAGCACAACCGCAUGCAAUGUCUCUGUGCAUUUUGUUGUGGAAAUUUAAUACGGUGUAAAUGAAAAGACUUCAAAUGAAAUUGCAACUUCAUUAGCCAUGGAUUCUCCGUCUCUGUUUCCCGCUCUCAUGCUGCAUAAUCUCCCCGGUCUCUGGUCUCUAGAUUUACUCUAGUCUCUUUUCAAGAUUUUUUUACUUUAAAUGUAUUCUAUAUUUAUAUUUUACUGUUCUCUAUGUUUUGACUCAUUACUUUUUAUUCGCCCGUUAGUUACCCGGUUUCUUCUUAUCGACGUGGUAACUGUGGCGGUCCCCCAGCUGAUAGAUUUCGUGUGUCACAACAUUCAGAAAGUCGCUGUCUGAUUGGCACCCGGCACUUAAUACUGUUAUUCAGCUGAAAAGCAAACUUUUGAAUAGAGAAUACGACGAAACGUCGGUUUAUUGAAAUGUACCAGAAACCUUUAACGAAGGUGUUUCAUCCUGACAUCCUUGGUACUGUUCCAUCAGCUACAAUCGCCCAUGUGGUUAGCUAGGUUUCUUACACGUAGGUCACUUGGCCAUUGUACUCGUGCCAGAUUGAAAAAAAAAAUCACUUAAAAAUUUGGUAACUACCUCAAUACUGUUACUUGAACAGGGUCCUGAAAGAAACCUUUUGCAAGGACAAGCUCCAGAGGGGGACCACCUUACCAGAGCAACACGCUAUCUUCUAGCUUCCUGCGUUCUUGCCCUGCUCUCUGGUUAAUGGUGGCAGUUGAUGAGUGUGUUAGAGUACAUUCCUUGGCUUUGAGUAAGCGCAGGCAUUCCUGCCCCCUCUCCUAUUUCCUCUAUGGGGCAGUGGGUGACUAUGCCACGAGCACCAUGCCGUUAAACUGCGCUGCUGCUCCACAAGUUCGUCUUCUCUCUGUGAACUCUUGACCUGGAAACAGUUCUGUACCUCAACUCAAAUCCAUUUUCACACCUGACCUAAGAUCAGUUUGCCCUAACCGUUAUGAGAGUGUAAAUAGACUCACUCCAACCCCCUGAACUACAGGGAGUCGGUGCUUUAAAAGGAGGGCUGGAUGCCUGAUAGAUCCGGAGCAAGCAACUCUGGGAAAGGGGGAUGAUGCCCAUCUCAAGCUCGAACGAUAACCGUCGUUCGUAUCCUGUGCUCUCUAUCCUCUCUCUCUCGGAGAAUGGUCUGAGGUCAUUCGUUUCCUCUCCCUUUUCCCCCUUUUUUAAAAUGAAACUGUGGAUUCCGUCCUGUCCCAUGGUCUUCGUGGAACUUUUAGUGUCGUUCUCUAGUUUGUAGUCUAAAUGCAGUUGUCUUGCGCCGUGGGUUUCAGUGUGUGAACUCCGUUAUACUCGUGUGUAUGACGACAGUGCCAAUCGAGCCAGAUUAAGAUUAGCUUUGACAUUUGUUUGUGCAUUAGAAUUUGCUCUAAUUGGAGUGCUGGUGUCCAUAUCGACGUCCCUGACGAUUUUUUUUUUCAAUCUACAUAAAUAAAAAUGUAAAGAAAUAUUGGAAGCAAUAUUGUAGCAUGUCGUCCAGUUUUUGUGUUUUUGUUAUGUCCGUCGUAUGAAACUUUGGAUUUAAUACACUUUUGAAUGAAUAGGUUUACAUGUACUUUUUUGUAAUACUGUAAAGAAAGUAAGGAAAAAAAAAUCGAAAAAAUGCUGCUAUUUGAUAAAUAUACGAGAAAUAUUUUAGUUGAAAAGAUGUCUGAUCCGUUUAUUAGAGUUACGCUCGUUUUUGGCAGGAGCACAAACGAGGUGUGUCGAUACAAAUAACAUAGCCGUGAAAUAAAACCUGUGACCCCACGCAGCUUCUUAACACGUAGACGUGCGAUCAAGCAUUUUAGAUAUUGCUGACUAUUUAGACGCAUCGAUCAAGUGCCAAUCAAUCGAAUACUUUUUAGUUUGAACGAAAAGAUAAUCAAAAAGAAUAAAACAUUGAGGAAAAAAAGAAAAAAAAAGAAAAACAUGAACAAAGAGCAAUGUCAGUGUCGGUUUUAACUCCAUAGUUGCAUAGAGAAUAAUAAAGGUAGUUCUUUUAUGCAUAAACAUGGUUUUUUCUACACGAGAAAGCAUCCUGUGCGUUCGUUUGAAUUGUGGCUUCCACGCAGCUCUUCCUUCAUAUUCUCUCUGUAGGUCGGCAUGGAGUAGGCAUAAACAUGUUAUAAUCAUGUCGUAAACGCGUUAUUAAGCAUCCAUAACAUGUCCCAUUUAUGAAAGUGUGUUUCGUGGAGUUAGGUGUUUAUCUUUUUUGCACGUCUCUAUUGCAUGAUAUCCAAGUGAAUUAUCAGGGGGGCGGGGAAUCAAAACUAACAUAAAAAAAAAUAAUAAAAAAUAGAAAUGUUUUGUUGAGUGUCUGGAGUCAUUCUGAGGCACAAUUUUGCAUGUGGCGCAGAUCGACCACGUUUUCAGUUAACAGCUUCAAUUUUUAUUCCUUUUGCCUUUUUAUUUAUUUAUUUAAUUUUUUUCUUUUUUUCUUUUCUAAAGACAGAUAUCGGAAGAGCUCUUAUGGUUCAUAGACCGGCACGGUAACCAUGGGAACUGGCCCUGCACUGUAAAAAAAUGAAAUGUUGGAUCAACAACAAGAUCUCACAGCUAAAGGGUUUAAAGCAGUUCAAUAAAGAUUAAUGAAGCUGUUUCUGGAAAAAAAAGUAGCUUGUUAGGUGGCGAUGGCUCGGCUUAACACUGACGAAGGAUACCUGUGCAAGCUGCAUGUCUGGGGCAUGUUUUUUACCCCCUCAUGGGGUAAAAACCUCGUCCUGGAUCCACUUGUAAAGGCAUGACUUGAAAAGACCUCUGAAAACAUUCGAGUUUGAAAAGGACUGUAAAAGUCUAGUGGCGUCACGAAGGCGCUGUUCGGUUAUAACGAAUACAGAAACACAUCGUCAUCAAAAGACUGAUUUUAACCCUAAUAUGGAAAUUUAUAAGUGAUACAAUAUCGUAAUCUUGUUCACACUAGCAAGCGACAAAGCGAUAGACGACGGUUCGGUUUUUCAUUUAAGCAGCACGGAGCUGCGAGUUUCAGCUUCAUUACAGAUCACAGAUUCGUUCUGUUUACUGUUUGAUGCACAAAAAAAUGGAAAUGAAAUCUUUUCCAGACCUAUUUGACCUUUCGUAUAAAAUGUACUGUAUACGAAGAAGAACUAAAUCUGGCUGGAAGUAGCAGAGAUCGUUGGAGCCUCUGAUGACUGUAGUAUAAGUGUAGAGGCUCGUGUGAAUCAAGACAAUAACGUAUCAAUUAAAAAUAGUCCUUUUAACUGUCAUCGGAAAAGGGAAAUCCCGAACAGGCCACGCCCACAAAUGACACUUGAUAUCGUGAAUAUUGUGAGGCUAUAGUGCUUUAAUCUUAGGGUAAAUAAUUAAUGGACUGUAAUCCGGUCUGUGUACAGUGCGGGGACAGAAACACGGUCUGUGGUUUAGAGGAUAAAAUACAGCCCAUGCAUGCAAACGUCUGCUACGUUACGUUAGGUUACAUUACGUUACCUUGUGAGUCAUAUUCACGUGAAUCAGUUGGAUGUCGUAACUUGAUUCUCCAAACCCCGGCUGUAAUUUUUCUGAAUGUAUUUGCAUUUUUACAUAAAAUGAUAACAGAAUGUUAUUUCCGUGUUCCGUGUCUGUUAGGUGGAGGCUGUUGAAACUCAUGUGCGUGCGUGUGUGUAUAUGUGUGUGUGUGUGUGUGUGUGUGUGUGUGUAAGUGUGCGAACGCCGCAUUAGCGCCUGUGUUUUUAUCUUCUGAUGCCAUUUCUCCUUCCUCUUUCUCUUUCUCUCUCUCUCUCUCUCUCUCUCUCUCUCUCUCUCUCUCUCUCUCUCUCUCGUCAUCAAAUGCACUUUACUGAGCAUUAGGUCCCCAUGUCAACAUACGCAUACACACACGCACACAUACACACAGACAUACACACAAACACACACACAUACAUACAUACACACAGUGGAAAUCUCCUGGAUGCAAACCGAAACCAAGCAACCUGUUCUUAAACUUCACACAGUGCGGUUUUCCUCUUGCUCUCGUUUUCGUUUUGUUUCUUUUAUUGUUCUAAUUAUAAUUUGAGCUGUAUUUUGGUGUUUGUUUGUAAUUUUUUUUUUUUUUUUGAGGGAGAUCUGAAGGAGUGUGUACAAGAUUCCAGCAAUUCUCCAAUCUCCCUUACUGCAUUCCCUUUGUGUGUGUGUGUGCGCGCGUGUGUGUGUGUGUGUGUGAGUGUGCGUGUGUGUGUGAGUGUGCGUGUGUGUGUGUAUGUGUGAUUGUAUGUGUGUAUGUGUGUGUAUGUGUGUGUGCAUGUGUGUGUGUGUUUGAGUUUUGUGUCUGUAAUUUACUGACACAUAAGCGCUUGUUACUGGUUUUUUUCAAUGCUUUGAAUGUGAAAAGUGAUUUUGAUUUGAAAUCUGUAAGUUAUGUUCGUUGAAGAGGAAUGGUAAAUAAAACACAGAAACCUCGAAAAA